GUGGUGCAUACGCCCAUAUCCAUGUGCAUAGUGUUGGUUUUAUUUUUUGACCUUUUGCCAUUCGAUACUCUAAAGGCUCAAAAUCUCCCAUUUGCUAGUAUUAUUGUCUCCUCUCAAAAGAGCUGCUGCAAGCUGCAACAAUUAAAAAAUGUCCACAACUGAAGCUCAAAUAACUUCCCCUCCAACUCCUCCUGGACACAAUGUCCAGACUGUCUCUCCUCCACCCAUAUCCUACACUAGGAAAGCUGCGAGACAAAUAAUAUCAGGAGGAUCUGCAGGGCUGGUUGAGAUUAGCAUCAUGCAUCCACUUGAUGUAGUCAAGACAAGGUUUCAGGUACAGAGAGGUCCUGAUGAUCCUACUCGCUACAAGUCCUACAGUGACUGUGUAAAGAAAAUGAUCCGUAAUGAAGGUCCAUUGUCAUUUUAUAAAGGAGUCUUACCUCCACUAAUGGCUGAGACUCCUAAAAGAGCUACUAAGUUUUUUACAUUUGAGCAGUAUAAGUCUUUGCUGACCAGGAACAGAGAUGCAACAGCUAUGACCUAUAUAAUAGCUGGUACUGGCUCAGGGAUUACCGAAGGCAUAAUGAUCACUCCUUUUGAAAGAGUUAAGAUAUCACUCCAAUCAUUGCGCUCUCACAUCAGAGAUACUCCAGGGACUUUCUCUCAUGCUCGUGUUAUCAUAUCAAAGGACGGUUUUGGUCUCAAUGGUCUCUAUAAGGGACUUGGAGCUACAGUAUGGAGGCAUGGGGUUUGGAAUGCAAUUUAUUUUGGAUUCUAUCACAAUAUGAAGGGAUUCUUCAUUAGUUCAGAAUCUCCAUCAAUUUCCAAGAGACUUGCUCUUGGUACUAUAGCAGGGACUAUUGCAAGCACUGCUAAUAUUCCGUUUGAUGUUGCUAAGAGCCGUAUCCAAGGUCCUCCUCCUAAUGGAGAUAUACUCAAGUAUAGAACAACACUUCAGACGAUAGGAGUGGUUUUUAAAGAGGAAGGUUUCUUUGCUUUGUACAAAGGUUUGUUGCCAAAGCUAAUGAGAUUAGGACCAGGUGGUGGGAUUAUGUUGGUAGUCUAUGAACAGGUCUCAUCAUGGCUGACUACUAAAGGUUUUUAACAUGUACCAUAAAUCUUUUGAUGAUAAUUUUAUCAUUUAACUAUAACAUGUACU